AUGGGGGGCUUACUCGGAGCUAAGGUCUCUUGCAAUGAUAUCUCUGUACAAACCGCUUACUGCAAGAUAGCCUACAACAAUGUGUCAUCUACAAGAGAACUCUAUCAUCCGCUGAAAGAUGGUGAGAUCAGAGUUCUUGGAAUAGAGCCGGGCACCUUCGACGAACCUAUCCAUUGUAAUUUAUCUCCAUGUCUACUUGAUGACAAUCCUACAUACCAAGCACUUUCCUAUACUUGGGGAGAUCCAUCAAUUUGUGCUCCGAUCAAAGUCGAUGGCCAUGUUGCAUUGAGAUAUCUUCGAGAUACCGAAGUCCCUCGCGUUCUAUGGAUCGACGCAGUUUGUAUUAACCAAGAAGAUAUUCCAGAGCGGGGUAUGCAGGUACAACAAAUGCGUCGCAUCUAUAAGGAUGCGAAAGAUGUGACAAUAUGGCUUGGUCCGCCAAAACUUUCAAAUAGAGGAAUGUGGGAUGAUGAGCGUCCUCAUGUAGAAACUGAGAGUGCUGUUUCUAGCACUUCGAACCAUUUUGCUGCCUUGAAAUUACUCGCUGGCUGGUUUCAAAGCGUGGAACGUGGCGAAACGAAAUCGCCUCACCUAGAUUCGGAGAACAAAGAUAAGUGGCGAGACGCAUUGAAAUGCGAGUUCUGGACACCAUUGAAAAAUCCUUACUGGUGCAGAUUAUGGAUUAUCCAAGAAGUUGCUCUUGCGAAGAAUCCCAUUGUUCAUUGUGGCUCGCAUUCAAUCUCGUUUGAUGAUUUGGUUUUCGCCAUUCGUUAUGCUUCUUCUUGUGGGACUCAUUAUGCUGUUGCAAGUGGCGAAGAUCACUGGAUGAAUGAAUAUUCAUAUGGUAUCAAGGAACUUGUUCAUUCUAGAGUCACUGUUGCUACAAAUAAGUCACUUGUACUCAGUGACGUUUUGGAAAUAAUUGGCCCUCAUAUCUUAGUCACAGAUCCUCGCGACAGAAUCUAUGGGCUGCUUGGACUUGCGGAUAGCUGCGAUAUCAUACCAGACUACACAUUAUCGAAAACCCAGGUCUACACUCAAGCUGCUAAGCAUCUACUUAGUAGUGGCGAUUUUAAUUAUCUGGGCGUCUUCAGCGGAUAUAAAGAUAGUUCCAGCAAUGACUCACAUUCCUGGGCCACAGAUUUGGACAUCAUAGCAAAGCAUUCUUUUGGGGUUAGACCGCUUACAAUAUACGACAACGAUGCAUAUUGCUACAAAGCUGCAACCAAUCUGACCCCAGAUUUGAGAUUUCAUGACAAUGAUCGUAUUCUGAGCGCGAGAGGUGUGCUAGUAAGUGAUAUCGACACAUGCGGUCAAGUCAUGGACGCAAAUACGCACUCGCAUUUCGAAAUUCUAAGUCAGUGGGAGGAUAUUAUGGAUUCUUGGAAGACAAGAAUCUGUAGCGCGAAUUCUUCAUGGCCAUAUCAUUUUGGACCGAUUUGCGGUGGUUGGAGUGAGGAAACCUUAAAAAGAGAUGAUUGGCAAACUUCUAUCUUGAAUUUACGUCAAGCGAGAGGAUCAAUGAAGCACCAGGAAUAUUACGUGGCAGGGGGUACUUUGACGGAAGCAUAUUGUCGCACCUUGCUAAUGAAUAAGGUUCUGUCCAAAUCAGAUACUCUUGAAAGGUUCUACGACGAUCAUGUUCCCGAAUACAAUGAAGACAUGGGCAAGCCAACACCAACAGAAAUCGAGCGAAUGUCUAUGCUUCGGGAAAGUAGAAUGUUUGACAAGUAUCUUGAAGAAGCGAUCAGAAACCAGAGGCUCUUUAUCACUUCAAAAGGAUAUAUUGGGUUGGGACACCAACAGAUAGAGAAGGGUGAUAGACUGUGCGUUUUGUACGGGUCACCUGUACCUUAUAUUUUGAGACCACAUGAUGAUUAUUGGACUGUGGUAGGCCAAUGUUACGCACAUGGUCUUAUGAACGGAGAGAUUGGGAAGGCUUUGGAGUGUGGGGAAGUGACCUCCCAAAUUUUUGAGAUUAGAUGA